AAGUUUCAUAAUAAAAUUGAUAUUGUAUUAUUGACCAAUUUAUCUAUGAUAUUAUGAUCUAUUUUAUCGUAGUAUCGUACUAUUUAUACUAUCAUUGUUCCGUACAACUAAAUCUAUUCCUUAGUACAACCAUAGAUAUAUAAAUAUUAAAUAUUUUUUUGUUAUGUAUCCAUGAAGUAUGAGUUUAAUUUCACAUUAUUUAUAUAACUUACUAAUUAUAACAAGCUGCUUACAACUACCUAGCAAUUACCAGUUAUAAUUAGUAAUUGUUAAACACAGACGGCCUACCUUGUGGGUAUCUUCCGAAUUAAUUGAAACUUGAACAAAGUUCGACCGACCUAAUUCUAAGACGACAUUUGGAACUCUACUGUACCACAUAACUCUUGUGGAGGUGAUGUGGUCGGAUCCAUCAUCAACAAGCAUGGCUUAUGGAAACCAAUGGAUGGAUCCAGCAUUUUAUAAAAACAUGAACAACGAUCAAGUGGACUGGGCAAGUUUGGCUCAACAAUGGAUCAAAAUGAAAGAAACUUCGCCUGCUAUAUCCCCUGGACAACAAGUAAAGAUUCCGACUUCUGAACACAAUUUGGUCAAACUUGGUCAGUAUGUAGAACCUCGGAAUCCAUCAAACGUAGCUCCAGUAACAAAUAAAAUGCUCGGUGAUCAUAAUAUUGUCAGUCCUGUUACAAGAAAUAAUAUUGAAAAACCAAGAGCUUGGAAUACAUGGACUUGGCAGCAACAACAACAAUGGAAUUGGAAUUGGGCAUCUUCAACAGCUUCUUCUAUUAAAGCACCUACUAUUGAGCCUGUUAAUUCUCUUAGACCACCUUUUGUACCUCCUACAUUAUGUGAACCACCUCCAUAUUUCCCAAUGGUGGGACCAAACAAACCAUUUUCACAUAAUAAUUAUUGGGCAGGAUCCAAUACUAGUAUUCCACCACCUACUGAUUCUGAUCAAUGGAAUAAAGUUAGUAUGAUUUCCAAUGUAGAUAAUAAAACUCAAGAUCCAUCAUUUAUUGAUGCUGCAAAACGAAAGCAAUUACCUGCUUGGAUUCGUGAAGGACUAGAAAAAAUGGAAAGGGAGAAACGACGUAAAAUUGAACAAGAUCAAUCUUUUGAUGAAUCUGAUUAUUCUAAUUCUAUAAAUGAAAAUAUUACUCAAGAAUCGCCCAAUUUGCCUAUUAGCUUUGAUCAAGAAACUCAAAUGGUCGAUGAUGAAAUUGAACAUGUAUCUUCUGAUUAUAUUCAUAGUACUGAAUUCAAAAAAAUUGAGGUUUUGAAGAAUGACUCUUCUCCUAUUAUUCCACGUAAGACUAAAGCUCAAAUCUGGGAAGAUACGAUGUUAGGUCUACGAAAAAUUCUAACAAAAUUGUUAAUGGAUGUUACUAAUGAUAUGAUAUUAAGUGUAGCUAAAGAAGUGCUAAAAACUACUCUACAAACAGAUAUUCAAGGAAAUCAAAAUCAAACAUCAUUAGCUAGUAAACUGGGGCUUGGAGUUUAUGGUUCAGAAUCUGAAUCUUCAGAUGAAAGUGAUGAAGAACAACACAUAUCUGAUUAUAAACAAUUAAAAAAAGAUUCUGAUGCAGCUAUUCAAGAAAGAAUAUUAAAACGCCAACGUGAGUUCAGUAAUAUUGAAGCAAGAAUACUUACGGAAUUGGAUGAAUUAGAAGCCAAGGAAAAACUUGUAAGAUCUAAAUUUGAUAAUAGUAUCGAGUUGAGUGAAGAAAUUAAUGAUAAUGGUAGUCAGGUAGUCGAAAACAUUCAGACAAAAGUAUGUAAUGAAAAUGAAGAAUCUAGCAAAAAAAUAGACGAAGAACAUGAUAAAAUAAAAAAAGAAUUUCUUGAUAAUUUUAAUAUUAAAAAUGAAAAAAAGAAAAAGAAAUUUAAAUCUAAAAGAUCAUCGAGUUCUAGUUCAUCAAGCAGUAGUAGUGAUACUAUAAAAAGCGAUAAUACUGAUAGUAAAUAUAGUUAUAAAAAAAAUGACAAAAUUAAAUCAAAAUCCUUAAACAAAAAAACUCUUAGAACUAGCGUAAAAAGAAAACGAAGAUCACGUUCUAGGCAUAAAAGUAGAUCUCAUUCAAUAUCAAAGCGAAAUAGAUCACGUUCAAGACAAAAUAGUAGAUCACGUUCAAGACAUAAUAGUAGAUCACGUUCAAGACAUAAUAGUAGAUCACGUUCAAGAUAUUAUGAUAGAAGAUCUCCACAUUUUAGAUCGAGAAGAAGUCGGUCACCACUUCCACGUCAUUCAUAUUCCAAAAAGCAUAAAAGCAAACGAAAUAGUUCUUCUAGUUCAAAUGAAUCAAGAAGUAACAAACAUCGAUAUAGAAAAUAAUGUUAUUUUAAAAGGUUAAUAUUCUAAUCAUUAUAUUGUUGAAAUUUACUCGUUAAGAUUUUACAUUACACCUUUAUUAUAUUUUUAAAAUAAUUCUAGGUUAGUUCUAAAUAAAUUAAACUGACUAAUGGCUAGUAACAUAAAUAAUGUACUUUUUAAUUGCCUAA